GUCAGCGCCGCCCCCCUCCCCGGGUCUGCAGCAGCUCCGGCCGCCUCGUCGCGCCCCCCCAGCCCCCUCCCCCCGCCCCCGCCGCCCCCCGGGCCGGUGCAGCCGCAGGCGGGGUCCCCCUCCCCCUCCCCCCUCUCCCCCCAGGCCUCGCGCGCCCCGGACCGGCCCCCCCUUUCCCCUCCCCCUCCGCGCCGCCUGUGCCGCGAUGCCCCCCCCUGCGCCCGGGGCCCGGCUCCGGCUUCUCGCCGCCGCCGCCCUGGCCGGCUUGGCCGUCAUCAGCCGAGGGCUGCUCUCCCAGAGCGUGGAGUUCAACUCUCUUGCCGACAACUACACGGUGUGUGAAGGUGACAACGCCACCCUCAGCUGCUUCAUCGACGAGCAUGUGACCCGUGUGGCCUGGCUGAACCGCUCCAACAUCCUGUACGCCGGCAACGACCGCUGGACCAGCGACCCGCGGGUGCGGCUGCUCAUCAACACCCCCGAGGAAUUCUCCAUCCUCAUCACCGAGGUGGGGCUCGGCGACGAGGGCCUGUACACCUGCUCCUUCCAGACCCGCCACCAGCCGUACACCACUCAGGUCUACCUCAUUGUCCACGUCCCUGCCCGCAUUGUGAACAUCUCGUCGCCUGUGACGGUGAAUGAGGGGGGCAAUGUGAACCUGCUUUGCCUGGCCGUGGGGCGGCCGGAGCCCACGGUCACCUGGAGACAGCUCCGAGACGGCUUCACCUCGGAGGGAGAGAUCCUGGAGAUCUCUGACAUCCAGCGGGGCCAGGCCGGGGAGUAUGAGUGCGUGACUCACAACGGGGUUAACUCGGCGCCCGACAGCCGCCGCGUGCUGGUCACAGUCAACUAUCCUCCGACCAUCACGGACGUGACCAGCGCCCGCACCGCGCUGGGCCGGGCCGCCCUCCUGCGCUGCGAAGCCAUGGCGGUUCCCCCCGCGGAUUUCCAGUGGUACAAGGACGACAGACUGCUAAGCAGCGGCACGGCCGAGGGCCUGAAGGUGCAGACGGAGCGCACCCGCUCGAUGCUUCUCUUUGCCAACGUGAGCGCCCGGCAUUACGGCAACUAUACGUGUCGCGCCGCCAACCGACUGGGAGCGUCCAGCGCCUCCAUGCGGCUCCUGCGCCCAGGAUCCCUGGAGAACUCAGCCCCGAGGCCCCCAGGGCCCCUGGCCCUCCUCUCCACCCUGGGCUGGCUGUGGUGGAGAAUGUAGGCGCAACCCAGUGGAGCUCGCCUCCCCCUGCAGGGGGCCCCAGGCCAAGAGUGAGAGAAAAGGGGGAGCAAGAGCCGUGGGUCUCGUGGGGGCAGAAGAGCUCUCGGCCACCAAGGAAGAGAGAGGAGAAAGAGGAGGAGGCAGAGGAAGAAAGAUCUUUAGAGAACCCAUCACUGUGAGGGAUAACGCAAAAUUAUGCAUCUUUCUACAGCCAUUCUCGCCACCCGUUCACGUUUCCGAUUGUGACCCACUCCCGCCACCCUAUACCCCUCUCUCUUAGCUCAGGCUGUCAACUGGCUUGUGUGGGUGUGGGUGUGUGAGUGUGAGCCUGCAUGCGUGUGUAGGUGUCUGUGUCUCUCUGUGUGUGUGUGGGGGUGGGUGGGCUGGGGGAAGGGACUCAGCUAUCCUCCCACCCCCGAAACUCCCAUGUCCAUUGUCCCCAACCUUACUGCCUCUCACCUCUGGCUGGAGGUAGGUAUGAGGCUCUGCAGUGGAAGCUGUGAAGAGAGGCUUACCAGGCUCCCUGCUUCCCCAAUAUAUGCACGCACACUACCCCUCCCCCUGUCGAAAGGGCGACUCCUGGCAGGUUGGGAGUGGGGAGGGGUGUCGCAGUCACCUGUCAAGCUGUCAUUCAGCCUUUGUGAGUAAGUGGGGGACUCCAUCUGGGCUCUGGGCUUCCCUGCUGUCAACCACCAGCUUCCUGUAGCCAGAGGCCCAUCGCUGGCUCAGUGGCCUGAGACCUUCCCACUUUUCCUGUCCCUCCCCACCCUGGAUUUUCUGGCCCCCUCCUGGGCCAAUCGGUGCUUCCAUCCAACUGUCAGACUGGUGGCAUGAGUCACCUGUCUGUUUCAGUGCUUUGCCCUACCCCUGCCACCACUCCCCUUGGCCUUGAUUUCCCCACCUGCAGCACCAGCCAGCUGCCCUUGGGGCCUUUGCAGCUGGCCCACAGGUGUGGGCUUGCUGGUCUAUCACGUCCUGGCCUCUCCACCAACUGUACCUCCCAAAGGCUACCUGACCACCCUCACACACACUCAGACACACCACACACACACACACACAGACACACACACACACACACACACCAGCGACUGUGACCAGCAAUAGCCCCCUGGCUCCAGCUGUCCGGUAGCUGGUGACUAGCUGUAUUUCCCCCUGGGUAGGCAUCUGUUGUCAGGAAGGGACGCUGAGAGGCUGCAGUCUCAGCUCUAAUUGUAGGAAUACUCCACCCUGGUACACCACACCACACAAAGUGGGGGACAAAGAGGCAUCACACAGACAUCCUGAGCCCAGACAAAGAUGCCAUGUCACCAACUCCGACUCCCAGGAGACCCUCUAUACAAACACCCACCCCAAACCACACCACCCAGAGUCUGGUGGAGAAAAGGAGAGGGCAAGGCGCAGUGACUGUACCUCAGACGGGGGCAUGGGCCCCACCCCACAUUGUCUUCCAUUCCCAGGGUCCAGGGGAUGGGGUGGGACAGGGGAGGGAUGCUAGGGAGGGGGUGGGGGGCCCUGGGGGCCAUGUGUUCCAAUUCAUGGGGAGUGUUGAGACCACCACACCAAUAAACGCCUUUUUCCAAAGUC